AUGGAAGGAUUUGAAUUACCUGAUCAAUUCUACGAAAACACACAAGCUUUAUUUCAAAAAGCACUCAAAGGAGGCUCAGUUCUUUUCAAUGGUGAUGGAGCUGUUGACAAAAUCAAAAGUGUUGAAGUGGGUGACAUAAAUGUUGACUUUCAAUUGACAUUGCUUACCUCUCUAAUGCACAGGCCAGAAAUUGGUAGUCGUGAAUGUAAUCCGUUUGAAAACCCUGAGCCAGAACUCACUAUACUCGAAAAAUAUGGUCCUGAAAAUGCAUAUCGUCUAGUGUUUAACAAGUUUCCUGUUGUUCCCAACCAUUUUAUGCUCGUCACCAGGGAAUUUGAGUCGCAAAACUCUCCCUUGAGUCCAUCCCAAUUAUUUGCAAGUUACAAAGUUCUUGAAAAGAUUAAAAGCGAAAGUGGUGGCAAGAACGAACGGUGGUUUGCAUUCUUUAAUUGUGGACCCGAGAGUGGAGCUUCGCAACCUCAUAAGCAUAUACAAUUCAUGACUCAGCCUCCACAACUGGUAUACAAGCCAUUUUCUGAUUUAGUUUUGGAACAAGCCCCGGACCCUAAGAAACCAGGCGAGAUUUUCCAAAGUGAAGAUAUCCCAUUUGCACAUUUUUUGAUAAAAUUGCCUCGUGCAAAUGAUAUCCUGGAAAUUACUCUUGCCACCUCCUACUCAGCACUCCUUCAAAAAACAUUGACUGUGUUGAAACAGAAUGAUCAAUACCAAAUGUCCUAUAAUCUCAUCAUGACAAAUUCAUAUAUGCUAAUGAUUCCGCGUUCCUCGGGGAAGUACAAGGACCAGAUUGGAAUCAACUCCUGCGGUUUUCAAGGUCUUAUAUUGUGUAAGAAUGAAGAGUUGCUAAAUUUGGUAGAAAAAGUAGGCCCAAUGAACAUAUUGCGAGAAGUAGGAUUUUCGAACAACAUUGAUACAUCAUCGCAAGAAAUACAAUAUUGA